GCCUCUUGAAGCUCGGCUCCGUUCACCUGAGUACGGCGUCGAGCUCCGGCAUCUACAUCGCAGCACACAGCCUUUCUCUCGAAGACGUGAUGAAUUGCACGAACACCUCCGCUUGCACCUUCUAUGCGAACGCCGCCACAAGGGCCGGCUUCCUUUGCCCUUUGGGCACAGGGUCGGUGGAUUUCGUUCAUUCGCAUGAUUUCGGCUGCCUGGCAUGCAGGCCAGGGGACACGCAGGUUCUGAACGUGACGAGGAGGCCGGCCGUGUCGAGGUCGAAUGGGGACAUUCAUCUGGGUCCAUCCAAUUUUCUUGGAAGGAGGCUGUUGUUAUCCUGGGUUUGCCGUUGGAUCGUUUAUGGUCCGAGCCUUAACACCCCAAGCCUAAACUUAACUCUAACCCCUACCGCUGCGCCGCGACUCAUAGCCCGGAAUGACCGUCAAGAACAAAACAUGUAG